AUGUGGAUCCAGGUUCGCACGAUAGACGGGAAGGAGACGCGAACCGUUGAGGAUCUUUCUAGAUUGACCAAAAUUGAGUCUUUACGGCUGAAAAUACAGGACAUCUUCAAUGUGAGCCCCCAACAGCAGCGCCUCUUCUACCGAGGGAAGCAGAUGGAAGAUGGUCUGACACUUUUUGACUACAACGUGGGUCUCAAUGACAUCGUCCAGCUGCUGAUUCGGUCUCAGACCGACCCCCCGGACAGUCCCGCCACCAAGGACGCCUCAGGUGUUGCCAGUAGCUCAGCUCCUCUGCCUGACUCGAAGCCUGAAAACCUCCGAGCUCCGGUCUCCUCCACAGCUAUGGAGACCUCAUCCGACACGGACAAUAAGAACGAAAGCCACCGUGCCACUGUAAAUGAAACCAAGCCAGAAACCGUCGCUGCUAGUACCAAAAAUGGGUUCAGGUCCUCCAGUCCAGCACAGGACACUCAGCCACCCACAUCCAGCCGGAGCACGUUAGUCAACCCAGGGAUUGGCUUGUACAAGAUUAACGAGCUGGUGGACUGUAGGGAUGUAAGCAUCGGCGCCUGGUUUGAGGCCUGCAUUGAAAAUGUGACACUUUCACCCAAAGGACAAAUAACACCCACUAAAGGAAAGGUGGGCAGGCCCCCUAAAAGGACAAACGGGAAGCUGGAGGCUGAGCAGGCACAGGCCCAUGGACAAGGUCAAACCACGGACAAUAACAGGAAUAACUCUGUGUUAAACUCUGAAAGUAACGGAGCCUCCACCUCUCAGAAAGACUCUACCACAGAAACCAAGGAGAAAGAAGAGGACAUAGCUUACCACAUUAAAUAUGAAGACUAUCCAGAGAACGGUGUCGUAGAGAUGCGCUCCGUAGACGUAAGGCCCCGUGCCAGGACCCUGCUGCGGUGGGACCAGCUCCAGGUGGGGCUGCAGGUGAUGGUCAACUACAACAUGGAGACCCCAGAUGAAAGAGGUUUCUGGUACGAUGCAGAGAUAGUGGCCAUAAAUCAAACCUCUCGCACCAAUAAGGAGCUCCGAGUUAAUAUUCUCCUGGGUGGUCCUGAAGAUGUGAUCGGAGAUUGUAAAGUUCAGUUUUUAGAUGAAAUCUACCAGGUGGAGAAACCUGGAGCUCGUCCCCUCUCAAGCGCAGACGGACAGUUUAAACGGAAGAGCGGACCCGAGUGCAAGCACUGCAAGGCCGACCCCGACGCAGAGUGUCGCUUCUGCUCCUGCUGCGUGUGCGGCGGGAAGCAGGACGCUCACAUGCAGCUGCUGUGUGAUGAGUGCAACAUGGCGUUCCACAUCUACUGCCUCAACCCUCCGCUGGCCACCAUCCCAGAUGACGAGGACUGGUACUGCCCAACCUGUAAAAAUGACACCAGCGAAGUUGUUAAGGCAGGAGAGAAACUCAAAGCCAGCAAGAAGAAAGCCAAAAUGCCUUCGGCCACCACUGAGAGUCAAAGGGACUGGGGAAAGGGUAUGGCCUGCGUGGGGCGCACUAAAGAAUGCACAAUUGUUCCCUCAAACCACUACGGACCUAUUCCUGGCAUUCCUGUGGGAACCACCUGGAAAUUCAGAGUGCAGGUGAGCGAGGCAGGCGUUCACAGGCCGCACGUCGGCGGCAUCCACGGCCGCAGCAACGACGGCUCCUAUUCGCUGGUGUUAGCUGGGGGCUUUGAGGACGAAGUGGACCGGGGAGACGAGUUCACCUACACUGGCAGUGGGGGUCGUGACCUCUCAGGAAACAAACGAAUUGGAGAGCACAGUUUUGACCAGACGCUGACUCACAUGAAUAGGGCGUUGGCCUUAAACUGUGACGCGCCACUGAAUGACAAAGAUGGAGCCGAGUCCAGAAACUGGCGAGCUGGAAAACCGGUGAGAGUGGUACGCAGCUCUAAAGGUAGACGCAUCAGCAAAUACGCUCCAGAAGAAGGAAACCGCUAUGAUGGUAUUUACAAGGUGGUAAAGUACUGGCCAGAGAUCGGAAAGUGUGGCUAUUUGGUGUGGCGGUAUCUCCUGAGACGAGAUGAUCUGGAGCCGGCUCCAUGGACCCCUGAAGGACUGGAGAGGAUAAAGAAACUGGGCCUUUCGGUUCAGUACCCACCAGGCUAUUUGGCAGCCAUGGCUAACAAAACAAAGAAGGAGGCUUGCGCUAGGCCUGGUCGUGGCGGUCGCGGUAAGCACUAUCCUGGAAGGGGGAGGCCACGGAGACGCAAGAUUAAAACGAAAGAGGAGUUGGAGGAGGAGGAGGAGGGUUUGGAGGAGGAGGAAGCGGAGGAGGGGGAAGAGCAGGGGGAUGAGCCUCCAGAAGCCCAGAUGCAAGAGGACGCACCACAAAGUAACGGAGAUCAGAAGACAACCGGAGAAACUGAAUCCUCACCAGAAACCGAGCCUCCGCCUAAACGUGUUAAGAUAGAGGAGACCUUCCAGCUGACUGAGCAGCAACAGCAGCUGAUCCAGGAUGACACCACCAACAAGAAGCUCUGGGAUGAAGCCAUGGAGCACAUUAAAGAGGGACCGAAUUUCCUGCGAAAGCUGGAGCAGAUCUUCAUGUGCGUCUGCUGCCAGGAGCUGGCCUUCCAGCCCAUCACCACCGUCUGCUCACACAACGUCUGCAAGACUUGUCUGCAGCGGUCGUUUCGGGCAGCAGUGUACACCUGCCCCGCCUGCCGCCACGACCUGGGCAAAGACUAUGUCAUGAACCAAAACAAGAAGCUGCAGAUUCUGCUCGACCAGUUCUUUCCCGGCUACAGCAAGGGCCGAUGAGAUCCAAUUUACACGUAUGGAUAGAAUACAUGCACAUAAAGCAUCCAUUCUGCGCACCCUCGUAUACUGUCAUAUACUUAGAAGCUCCACUUUGAAACGCGUUGCACUCACAUAAUGUACUUACCCACGGGCAAUUGUAUUUUGCAUUUACAGCCAUCUUAUGUAUACAAUCAUUUACACACAAACCACCUCAGUUAGAAACUGACCUCAUCUGCUGAACUUGGAUCGUCUCCAUUUGCAUCACCAGCCUGAAAAAUUCAGACAGAGGACAUUGCCUCACCUCGCUACUCCAGCCACAAGACGUGGGCACAAAAACAAACGCACAAAAAGCCCCCUCACCCACAGGCCCAUCAAGGUCUUUUCUCCUUUGCAGUUUUUUUUUCUUCUUCUAUGUUGCCCGCUGGCUCUGUUAAUAAGCAGUACAUUGUUUGGGUGCACAUUCAUGCUUGAAACGUUUAAAUUCCUGCCAACCUGCUUGCAUUUUACGUACCAUGUAUGCAGUUUUACACAAACGCGCAGAGGCAAUUGAAAGGACUCUCUCCCUUGCCAGGUGGUGGUUUAUGGUGCUAGAGAAGGGCAAGUCUGCGUGAGAGAUUCUCAAAGCAAGGAGUUUUACACACUAUUUUAUAAAAAUGAAGCACUAUAUUAGUGACUCGUGCUGUAGGCUUGUUUCUAGGCUAGUCUGGUGCAUUUUCCUGCAUCAUGUUUGGUGCUCGUGUCACUUGGAAUCGUCUAAUUUCUUUCUAUUGAACUAACAGGAAUAAAUGAAGCUUCACCAAGGUCAUGGGAGAAGAAAACGUAAAUAAAGAGCUGUUUCUACUUUUCUUUUACUAAAUGUAAAAGUAAAGGGGUGAUUCGUGGUAAAGAUUCCACUCUAAAUGAAAUGGAGCAGGCAUUUCUUGGCCAUCAGAAGAAUACCCUUUGGUAUUUCUUUUCAUUUACCACACCGAUGCUCUGAUGCUUAGGUUUUUUUGUUUCUCGCAGUGGCAUCUUGAGAGGCCAGCCUGUGUUUGUCCUUGAUGUUACCAGGUAACCACUUUCAAGUCAGACCGUUUUCAUAGCUAUUUUGAUCAAAAUGUUCACAGCAAAUAUUUCUCUGCUGUUCUUCGACGUGUUGCAAUAAAUGUCUACUGGAGAGCUUUUGGCUUCUGAAAAGUAGCUUCAUAAGUAGUCGCACAGCCAUAUGUGGAUACGUUUGUCACAUUCCAGCCAGAAAAUCGUGCGUCUCAGAUUGUGGGAAUUGACAGUUUUACAAAGGCAGCACAUUUCUACUCCCUGUACUAUCUUUGUGGGGUAACCCACUGCAAGUGGCUCAGGCAGUCUGCCCCCACAGGGGUGGGGGUGGGGGUGUGACAAAGAAGUGCAUGUUUGACCCGUUGGACACCUUUACCAUUAAUACCUGAAAGAGGGAGAGAUGAAUUAGUGUUGUAAGCUUUGUCAGUGUUAGCCAUGGUCCAGUUCCUGGUAUGAAGAUAUGCCCCACUUUUAAAAUCAUGUGGUUAGUGGUCUAUUAUUUUGCAGCACCGCACACACUGCCUAAUAGCUGGCUGAAAGAAAGCUUAUACACAUCCUAUCUUACAAGAAAGAAACAUUUAGUCUUUUAAAAAUAUUUGCAUCUGUUACUCCGCUGACUGCAGGCUAGCUACCCCAGGAGAUAGACCAAUUAACUACACCAAAAAAAGAAAAAAAAAAAAGAAAAAGGGUACAAUAUGACUUAAUUUCUUCCAAUUUGGAACAGUUAUUCCUACUGUGAUAUUAAUGUGAUCUAUAACAGACUUUAGCAAAAAAAAUUAGAAAAAUAAACACUAAUUUAGGUAUAAGAAACAAUUUUAGGUGGUUAAUGAGUCGCGCUAUCUGCAGAGUUUGCCAGUCAGUUCUUUUGCUUAACAAAUAUGCGAUACCUAGCUGCCAAAAGCAAUAAAAACCCCCACAUACUAAGUGAGUUAUUUAAUUUCCACAACUUAUUUACCCUUGUAUGAAUUUGCCUCCUUUCAUCUAGCUUUCACCAGUGCGUAGCAACCGCUUCGCUACAUGCUUUGUACAGCUGCAAUGUCUGCAAUGUCACCCUGGCUUGUUUUUUCACAUAUAAUUAUAUCGACUUUAAACUCUAGGAAUGAUGCGACAAAAGUCCAGCAUAUGUCUAAGCAUUUUUUUUCCUAAUUGUAACAGAAUAAACCUAAAACAGGUGGAUACUGCGUGUUAGAUUUUAGGCAAAGUGUGAACAGUAGACAGGAUGUCAGACCAAAGAGAAGAGCGGCUCCAUCACAGCACUGAAGUGGUCAUUAACCUUUUAGAUGAUCUAAAAUGAGCCAAUCAGAAAUUCAGUUCUGUGGCCUUAAAUAUUACAUAAUAUACUGAUUUUAGUGACUACAUCCCAACAGAAUUCAUUGCAAAACUGCAUGAGUUCUGUCUCGAAAAAUACCUAAAACAGAAAGCUCUCUGCUGCUAAUUAUUUCAUUAUGUCAUGCAUUUUUUUUGGCUGACAUUGCAAAAGAAAAAAAAUAUUAGUAUAAAUAUUACUCAAGAAUUACAAAUGCAAAACUAUUUUAAAAUACUUAACUGUUAGAUAAACUCAAUAGGAGGCAGAACAUAAUUUUUUUGUACUGCUGGUGUACAGACUAAAAUGAUUUAUAACUAGAAAAUGACUUUUUUAAAUAUGUUUUAUGUGCACAGAUCCUAGAAAAAUGUGUUGCCCAAAAUAAUAACUUUGCAUCGUAUGUCCAUUGGCUUCCAAAUAAAAUAAAAAAAUAGGUAUAAACUAAGCUCACACUGUCCGAAAUUAAGCUUAACUAUAAAUGCAUUUAAAAACUAAUAAUUACUUCUUAACUCAUUUUAAUUGCUGUAAGAAUACAGCUGCAGUAUAUUGUAAAGAUCUUAAAGUAGAUUCUUUUUCACUUUUCAUUUUUUUUAUCCUUUUAAGUCACAUUGACUUAGACAUUUUUCAAAGUUUUAUAACCCAAAGCGUGUAACUCUUACAUGUUUAAAUUCUGUCGUCGUCAUCUUUGCCCACUGUAUCGAGUCAUCAAAUAUUACUAGGUGUCUUUUUUAUAUAGAUUAGAAAAUUUGAACGCAAUCGGUUGUUCUGUUGUAACUGAGAUUUGUGCCUGCUUGUAUGGUACUUUAAAAUGUCCCAGGUUGGCAGGUUUAAUGGGAACCAAAUCAAAUGUGAUGGAGAGCAGAGGCAGAGUUUCUGCACCGAUCCGUAACGUGGACAGAGGUCACCUGCAGUGCCGCAGUUCAGAUAAUAUACCAGAUCAGUUUGUUUUUGGUUUUUUUUUUAUGUCUGGGGAAAAUGUAGCCCAUGUUUAAUAGCCAGCGCAUAAGUCUUUGUGAGGCUGAAUUUGCGACACUUUUGUUCAUUAAGCCUUCACGCACACACUUCUGUUGAUAUGCAAGUCAGCGACCGGUUGUUCAUCAGCAGGCUGUUUGUUUAUGGUGAUGUCCUCGUUUCUGUUCAGUCAUUCAGGAUUUUUUUUUUUUUAUGAGUAACAUGCAAGUACAAAUGCUACUACAGUCUUUAAAGCUCAAUGUGAUGUGCAUUAUCUUGAGAUUAUUUUUUUCCUGCAUUGACUGGCUAGCUAACAACCCUCCUUUCUCUCUGCUGUGACCUUUGCCCCUUUUCUGCUCUCCGUGAACUUAUAGUACUAACUUCUAGACGUCUUGUGGACGCUUGGCUUCAGUGCUGUGUUUUUUUUUUUUAUUGCACUCUAUUAAAAAAAUUUUGAGCAAUCACAUUUAGGUUUUCUAGAAUGCUUAUUGUUAUCUCUGUCCGUACUCUGAUUUUCUACUUUUUUUUCUUUUUUUAGUUGCUUAUGUUCCGUUUUAAUCAGUUUUGUUGGCAGCCUCAAAUAUUUGCAGCACAUGCCAAUCUGAAAAGUUUCAUUGCUUCAUAUUGUGAUCUGAAAUUUUAUACAUGUCAUAAUACUUGAUAUGUACCAAUUAAAUAUUUGGAUUCCAGAAAA